AUGGAUGACGUGACGGCUAAAAGCUUUUGGAGAGAUACAGAGGUGGGUUAUUCUUUUUCCAAUUCUUUGGGGAGAUCGGGGGGAAUCCUAACCAUUUGGAAUAAGGAAGUAGUCGACGUCGAGAAUAGCUUUAAAGGGGACGGUUUUUUGGGAAUCAAGAAAAAAGAAAGUAUUGUGGAAGGAUCUUCUGGGUUUGAUGGAGAAAUUCAAAGAUGGGGAUUGGAUUUUAGGAGAUGGGAGGUGAUUGGUCAAUUCAUUGGAGACCGGGAUGUUUCGGAUCAUUGUCCUAUUUGGGUGAAGUUGGAUAAGGUUAAUUGGGGGCCUAAACCUUUUAGAUUCAAUAAUGAGUGGUUUUCUUUUGAGUCUUUUAUUCCGUUUGUGGAGGGUGAGUGGAAGGGUAUGAAGAUAGAGGGAAGAGGUGAUUUUGUUUUAAAAGAAAAGCUUCGGCUACUAAAAGAGAAACAUAAAUGGUGGAAUAAGGAGGUGUUUGGGAGGAUAGAAUUGGAGAUGGGGGAUGGGGUCCGGGAGAUGAACUUAGCCGACGAGAAUUUAAUGGAGGAUGAUUACGCUAACUUUGACGAGAAUAUGUGCUUGAGAAGGGAACCUUGUGGUAGAUUUUGGAAGAACUUAAGGUUAAAGGAAAAUAUGCUUCUUCAAAAAUCUAGAGUGAAUUGGCUUAAAGAGGGAGACAACAAUAGUGGUUUUUUUCACAAAGUUAUGAAACAAAGAAGAAGGAUUAUUCAUUUAGGGCCUUUAAACCACGAGGGAGGGAUGGUAGAUUCGGUGGAGGAAGUGAGGGAAGUGGUGUUCAAUCAUUUUAAUAAAAAGUAUUAUGAAGAUGAUAUUGUGAGACCGACCUUAGACAGAAAUUUCAUUUCAAGGGCAGUGUGUUCUUCAUUCCUUACUCUUAUUCCCAAGUGCAAAAAUCCCUUGAGUUUGGACGAUUAUAGACCUAUUUGUUUGGUGGGAUGCAUGUACAAGGUGGUGGCUAAGCUUUUGGCGGGUAGAUUAAAGGGGGUGCUUAAUUCGAUCAUAUUUAAUUCUCAAAGUGCUUUUGUUCCCGGAAGACAAUUGUUGGAUGGGGUUCUAGUGGCGAAUGAGGUGGUGGAUUUUGCUAGAAAAGAGGGAAAAAAUUGCCUUCUUUUCAAGGUUGAUUUUGAGAAGGCAUACGAUAAAGUUAAAUGGAAGUUUUUAAGGUAUAAGCUAAAAAGGAUGGGGUUCGGUGAUAAAUGGAUGAAGUGGAUGGAGUUGUUGAUUUUUAAUAGUAAGAUUUCGUUGCUUGUGAACGGGAGCCCUACGAAGGAGUUCUUUGUUCAUAAGGGGUUAAGGAAAGGGGACCCUCUUUCUCUUUUCCUUUUUGUGUUAGUGGCGGAAGGAUUAACGGGUCUUGUGAAGCAAUCAAUCCAUGUUGGAGAACUCCAAAAGUUCACUCUAAGUGAUUCUUGUAGUGUGGACAUUCUUCAAUUUGCGGAUGACACGUUGAUUAUGGGAGAGGGAAAUAGGAAACAUGUCCGUGCUUUGAAAGCAGUCCUUAGGGCUUUCGAAAUUGUUUCGGGGUUAGGAAUUAAUUUCCAUAAAAGUAAAUUAAUAGGGAUUAAUUCUAACGAUCACUUUUUGGAUGCCGUGUCUCACUUUCUUUCUUGCAAGAGAGAGGAGUCUAGCUUUCAUUUUCUUGGUAUUCCGAUUGGUUGUAAUCCGAGGAAGGAAUCUUCAUGGAAUCCUAUUGUGGAUAAAAUGAAGUGUAGAUUGGAAGGAUGGACAAACCGUUUUUUGAAUUUAGGUGGAAGAAUUACUCUUUUGAAGUCCGUGCUUAGCUCAUUAGCUAUCUUCACCAUGUCUUUCUACAAAAUUCCGUCUAGAGUGGUGAAGAUGUUUACUAGCAUCCAAAACAAAUUUCUUUGGGGGGGAGUGGAGGAAAAGAGAAAUAUUCAUUGGGUAAAAUGGAGCGAUGUUAAUAUUCCUUUUGAGGAAGGAGGGUUAGGCGUGAAAAAUAUCAAAUUGUUUAAUUUUGCUUUCCUUUGCAAAUGGAGAUGGAGAAUUCUUGAAGGAAGUAAUUCUUUAUGGUACAAUGUUUUGAAAUCUAGGUACGGUGACUUAACCUCUAUUAUUUGUGAUGACGGUAGAGGUAGUAAAGUAUCCUCUAAUUGUUCCUUUUGGUGGAAGGAUUUGGUAAAAGUUGGUUCCUCUUCCUUUAAUGAUCCCAUUAUUGACAAAUGUAGAUUUAAAGUGCAUAAUGGUUUCUCCACUCCGUUUUGGGAAUCCUCUUGGUUGGAUGAGAGACCCCUUAGAGAGGAAUUUUCGGUUAUAUUUGAUAAGUCGUGCUUGAAAAAGGUCUCGGUUGCGGCCAUGGGAGGUUGGGAGGAGGGUAGAUGGAAGUGGGGGGAUUUAGGUGUGAAAGAUGGGGGGUUGGGGGAAUUCGGAGCCGAUAGUGUGUAUGGCGCUCUUAAGGGCCGGUUGAUGGAAUUCGGGGGUAUGAAGGAAGGUAGGGAUGUUGUGGUGUGGAUGGGAAAGGCGGAUACGGGUUCGAGCUUUUCGGUUGCCUCGUGUUACGAUUUUCUUAGGCGGGUUCGGACACCUCAUGGUCCUUUUGAUAUAAAUCAUGAGGCGUUUGGGAUUCUUUGGAAAUCGGAGGUUCCUUAUAAAGUGAAGGCGUUGGGUGGAGACUUUUCCGUAAUAGACUUCCUACUUUAG